ACCUGUUGCUUUGUCUCGGCAGGUUCAAAAACAUUGGCAAUGUCUGGAGCAACAGUGAACCCCACUUUGGGCGCGUACAUCGCCGACGGAGAUGAGCACUGGAAUUUGACGAUGUUCCCAAAUGCCACAACUCCAACGUUUGACGACGCCCCACCCAAAUAUAUCCAGGACCUGAAACAAGCCAAUAAAGUGAUAAUCACGGCUCUGCUUGCAUUCAUCAUGGUCGCUAUGGGGUGUAUUGUCACUAUCGACGAUUUCAAGAGAGUGCUUCGUCGUCCAUUCGGUGUUUUAAUUGGAUUUCUCUCCCAGUUUGUGAUUCUCCCUCUGACUGCUUUUGGUUUGGCCCACGCCCUUCAGCUCAAGGCAUCCUUUGCAUUGGGCUUGUUGGUCGUAGCCACUUGUCCUGGGGGUGUUACCUCCAAUCUCUAUACCUACUGGACGGAGGGUGAUGUAUGUCUCAGCAUCACCAUGACGACCAUGUCCACGACGCUCGCUAUGGGAAUGAUGCCUCUCAACCUCUUCAUCUACAGUCGGUCGUGGACGGGUGAGAGUGCUGUGAUACCCUACAGUAACAUCGCCAUCGCUCUGGUGCUCAUUCUGGUGCCCGUGGCUCUGGGCAUGCUCGUCAAGUACAAGAAGCCUGCCUGGUGUAAGCUCAUCACGCGGCUUGGCAGCAUCUUUGGUCUGUUGGCCAUCUUCGUCAACAUCGUCUUGAACGGCAUCAUCAACCCCUCCAUGUUCACCUCUCCCUGGCAGGUCUGGCUGGCGACCUUCCUCCUCCCCUGCCUGGGUUACGCCUUUGGCUACCUCUUCGCGUUCAUCGUGCGGCGCCCUCACGUCGAGUGUCGCACCAUCUGCUUCGAGACCGGCGCGCAGAACAUCGGCCUGGCGCUGGCGCUCGUCUUAAUCACCUUCCAAGACAGCGAGUUUCUCAAGGACAUCUUCGUCAUCCCGUCUCUGAUCGGCCCGUUCUUGAUCCUCGAGGCGCUGGGAUUCGUCAUGCUGUAUCUGGCUUGGAAGAAGUGGUGCCGUGGUGACAGUGAUGAGAACGGAGAGACAAGCAAAGAGGAGCCGAUUGAACCAGUGGAAGCCACGUCCAUGAAGAAGGUCGAAGAAUUUCAAGACAACACAGAACCUAAUGAAUCACACUUCAAUCACAUUUGACAGAAUUUUACUCAAAAAAAUGUGUACAAAAAAAUUCAAAAGCGAGAGAUGUACAAUUUUAAUAGUUGGUUUUGCCUUCCAACGGAUAAUUCUAUAAGCACUGUAUACUUUGUGGUUUCAGAGAGCUUGUUAGACUAUAGUAGCAAUUUGACAAGUUGUAAGCUGGAGGUUGUGGGUUUGAUUCAAAACCAAGCAAGCUUGUGACUUUUUAUUUCGCACAAGCUGGGAAUUGAUGUGAGCAGGUCAUAAGUGAUUUACUUUUUACGCAAUUUUAACGUUUUGAAAGGAAGUGUAAUGUCCGUGACAGAGCCUGUCAAUCAUGUUAUCUAAGGCCCCCCCCCCC